AUGGUCGGCCUGAAAUUGGCCGCUUUGAUUACGUGCGUGCGCUUGCCGUCGUCUCCGACGGGUGGAGCUGUCCACGAACAGUCUGUCUCUUCGAGCGGAUCCGAAACGGAUACAAAGAAGUCGAAAGAGCCGAAAAGGCCCAGCAUCGCUUACAAAAGACGAAGAUCAGCUGGCUCGUCGGACGAAGACUGGACGCCCGAAAUUCACAAAGAAGAGGAGAAUAGGGAAAAGGACGGAGAUUCGUGCCCGCGUAAAAGAGUUGUUGCAAAAGAAGCGGACGACGAGAGAGAGAAAUUAGAAAUAGCAGAUUUGUGUCAGCGCUACGAAGAUUUGAGGCACGAGAAAUUUGCAAAAAAAUUACUUCAGAAGUUUGAAGAGCAGACAAACGUUCUGGAGAUUCAAGAACAGGACUCGGAGCCGGAAGAGGUGGACAGGAGUCAGCCAUGUCGCAAUAAAGAUAAACCUGUUUACACGCCGCUGGAACAACAGUAUUUAGAAAUCAAAGCAAAAAAUCCAGACGUUGUCUUGUUUGUAGAAACAGGAUACCAGUACAAAUUUUUUGGAAAAGAUGCAGAAAUUGCGUCUCAAAUCUUAGACAUACGAGCUGGGUGGUCUCACAAUUUUCUAUGUACCUCAGUUCCCAUUCACCGCCUCUAUGUUCACGCAAUGCGAUUGGUUCAGGCCGGAUACAAGGUUGGAGUGGUUUCCCAAACGGAGACGGCGGCGCUGAAGACAAUUGGGAAAAACAAAUCUGGGCCGUUUUCGAGGGCGCUAACGACCGUGUUUACAAAAUCGACGAUCUCGAACGAAAUGGAGGGCCUGUUUGGCAAGCAGGGAAAUGAAAUGGAGCCGUGCCUGAUGGCUAUUUUCGAAACUGCGUUGACAGGAGAGAAAAAUGUAAAAAUUAGUAUCGCAUCGGUAAAAACAGCUACGGGGGACGUCACUUACGACACAUUUGAGGACGAUAUGAUGCGCAGACAGCUAGAAACGAGGUUAGAACACAUGCAGCCGGUCGAAGUUGUAAUGUCGUCGAGCACUUCGAGGGAAACUCAAAACCUUGUCACAUUUUUAACCUGUACCAUGCGCUCUAAAGAGGACUCGGCUAGGAUUGAGCUUCUCGAAGACGGGUACUUUGAACAGUCUGAAGCGGAACAACUUUUCGAGGGCCAGGCUGCGGAGGACCAUUUUUGGACUUCUUGUUCGAGUCAUUUGAAGUGCUGUUUUGGAGCGCUCCUGAAGUAUCUGAAAGUCUUUGAAUUGGACGGCUUGCUGAGGUCUAGCUACAACUUUAAGUGUUUCACGAGUGAGGAGUACAUGCGGUUGGAUGGAAAUGCGUUGGUGAACCUGGAACUGAUUCAGAGCCGUUCAGGUCAGGGAACGAACAAGAACCAGGGAAGCCUGAUGAGUAUCAUGGAUCAUACCUCGACCAAUUUUGGAAGAAGGCUGCUGACAAGUUGGAUCAGGAGGCCGCUUAGAGACGGUCAAAAAAUACGAGAGAGGCAGGAGGCAAUCGAGAUGAUAUCCGAAGUGAUGUCUCAGAGUGAAGGUGGUGGCCGGCGCGGACGAUUUGGCGCUCUUUUAGAGCUUUUACAAAAGCUACCUGAUUUAGAGCGUGGGAUUUGCCGAAUAUACAACAAAAAGUGUCGGGUGCCAGAAUUUUUGCUAGUGCUGAAUUCGUUCUCAAAGGUCGAAAGGAACCUUCCGGCAAGUGAGGAGCUAGAAGGAAUGCGGUCAGAGCUGGUCAGGUCCAUUCUACGGAGCAUUCCGAGCGAUUUUGCGGGUCACAUCAAUUUUUUUUUGGACAUGGUUAACCAAGAUGCCAAGGACUAUGAGGACAUUUUCGUGGAUGACCUUUCUUUUCCUGCACUGAGAAAGACCAAGAACGACAUUCGGGCCAUAGAGGAGUCUCUGGAGGAGCACUUGGAAGAAAUUCGAAGAACUCUCUCUCUGAAGGACCUCGUGUACGUUACGAGGCAAAAAGAGGAAUACUUGAUAGAAUUGACAAACGCACAAAGUCGACGAGUUCCCGAUUCAUGGAGGUCUUUUUCUGGGACCAAGACGUUGAAACGGUACCGUACGGAAUACGUUCAGAAACAGCUCCAGGAACUGAUGCUGGCAAGGGAACGACUCACGAUCGAAAGCAAAGCGGCUUGGAUGUCUUGCCUCACCAACUUCAGCCAGCGAUAUCACAUGCUACUCCAAGUAGUCAACGCGCUGGCCACGCUGGAUUGCCUGCGGUCUCUGGCCAUAUUGGCUGAACAGAAGGGAUACGUCAAACCGGUUGUCGUGAACACGGAAAGCGACCAAGAGGCACAAAUCGUCAUCAAAAGCGGAAGACAUCCCGUCGUCGAAACGCUUCUCUUUGACAGGUCGUUCAUCCCCAACGAUACGGUCAUGGGCACCGCGAGUCACAGGUGCAUGAUCAUCACAGGUCCGAACAUGGGCGGGAAGACCUGCUACAUCAAGCAAGUAGCCAUCAUAUGCAUCAUGGCACAAAUAGGCUCGUUUGUUCCAGCUGAGCAAGCCACAAUUUCGCCACUGGAUUCCAUCUACACGCGAAUGGGCAGUUACGACAACAUGCUCAGAGGCCACUCUACGUUCUUCAUAGAGCUCCGAGAAACGAGCGACAUUCUAGAAGAGACGACAAGUCGCUCUCUAGUCAUCCUGGACGAGCUAGGACGGGGAACGUCCAGCCACGACGGGCUCGCGAUCGCCUAUAGCGUGCUUUACCAUUUGGUCCAAUCAAUACGCUGCUUCACUCUGUUUGUGACGCACUAUCCAGAAUGCUCUCAACUAACUCGGGCCUACCCAAACCUGGUACAAAACUACCACAUCGCUUAUCUGCACGACCGCUCGACCCAAAAAGACGAGACGAGACUUGUUCUGCUGCACAAGCUCGCGAGGGGCGUCGAGGACCGAAGCUACGGCCUGAACGUCGCUCACUUGGCGCACUUGCCCCCAGGUCUCAUCGAAAAAGCGCGCGAGAAGUCAACGCACCUAGAACUCAAAACGAAGGAAAAAAUGCAAAUGAAAAAUCUAAAGAACUUGUGUGCAAUAGGUCCAGACACACCAAACUGGCUAGAAACGGUCCGUGAACUGCACUUCCGCAUACGCGCAAACAUAAAAGGCAAGUAA